AUGUGCUUUACAGAACGAACGCAUGGAUGCCUAUUGCAUACUGACACAACAUCUCAAUGGGGGGCAGGACUCAAGGAGCUAAGAGAGAGAAAAGCUUCAUUGGACGCAGACAGUGAUUCAGAACCUGAAUUGUUGUCGCAUCGUGCGCUUCGUCGCCAGAGUACUCCGAGGGAAGUAAUUGAAGUUGCCACGUCUCGAGGAAACUCACCGGCCUCUGUUGCGAGCCAAGGAAAUUUGGAUCAGCACAUUUCUGCACCCCGCAGAGGCAACGAGGAAGCGCCCGUUGCGUCUGCGCCAGUCUUGUCAAAUGGCGAAAAUGCUGAAGCCCCUACAGCCAAGGCCCGUUCAUUCAACAAAUCGACUGCUUUCGCAUUGGAACAUGCAGAAAGUCUUACGGUGUCUGGACAGGCCAUCUACGCUCUCACAGGGGAUACCAUCAGCGGGCCUAUACAUCUAACGUUACCAGGAGAUUCAACCACCCACCCAUUUUUGGUAAUUCCAAUCAAACCAGAAGCAGCAUAUCAUAUUUGCAAGCUUGAAACUAGGGCUGCUCUACCUUAG